AUGAUUCUAGAGAAAACAGUGCAAAGAUCAAGGAAAGAUUGGUCAAGAAAAUUAGAUGACGCAUUGUGGGCAUACAGAACUGCUUUCAAAAUACCGAUUGGCAUGUCCCCAUAUCGGUUGGUGUUUGGAAAGGCUUGUCAUCUACCGGUGGAGUUAGAGCAUAGAGCUUUUUGGGCCAUGAAGACUCUUAACAUGGAACUGAAAGCUGCAGGGGAGAAAAGACUGUUACAGCUGAAUGAGCUAGAGGAGUUUUGGAACGAAGCCUAUGAAAACGCAAAGAUAUACACAGAGAGAACUAAAAAGUGGCACGAUCAAGAUUUUGAGUGA